UGUGACAUUCUUUAUUCUUAGAUUCACACGUUGUAUUCUUGUUGUGGUUGAAUUUUAUUAAGUUCCGUUUUUUGGUUGCUAUGAAUUAUAAACAGCUGUAGUUUAGCAUUUCAUAUAUUGAAAAUCUUCGAGGUUUUUUGAAAACCAACUCUGAAAAAUUUCGUUUCACCAUUACAGAGAUUUGUAUUUUAUUCAACAUGGGUAAGAAACGUCAAAAGGACAAAAGCCCUGGGGAAGACAAUGAUGUUGACCUGACAGGUCCAGUUUGCUGCCACAUUAGGAAGGGCAUAGACCGAAAUAUCCUCAAGAGACUUCCAAGAGAUUUGUACUUGAACACCUGCCAGGACUGUAAAGAUGAAGAUUACACAACAGAAGUUCAGUUGGGGGACAGAGAGGAUAGGGAAACUCCCACAAUAUGGAUGUGCCUUAAAUGUGGAAACAGAGGGUGUGGACGAAACUCAGAGAACCAGCAUGCUAUAAAACACUAUGAGAAGCCUCGCUCAGAUCCACAUUGUCUCGUGAUUAAUUUGGAGAUCUGGUGUGUUUGGUGUUAUAUCUGUGAUGAUGAAAUCCAGUAUUCUAGGACAGGGAAUUUGGCUCAACUGGUGACCUGUGUUAAAAAGCGAGUUUCAUCAGAACCGUGCAAGACACUGCCACACAGAAAAGUAGAGUUGGGUGACAGGAUGAUGAAAGAAACACAAGAGAUAAAGCAACCAGACACGGGCAUGGAGAAAAACCAAGAGGAUAAGGAGAACAUAUUCAAGCAGAAGAAAAUUGUGAAGAAAGAGAGUGGUAUGAAAGGGCAGAGCCAGGGAGUUGCCAAAGACAGUAGUGUUGUAUCAGUCAAGGGACUCAGUAACCUAGGAAACACAUGUUUCUUUAAUGCAGUUGUUCAGAACCUUUCUCAGACACGGCUUUUGAGGCAAAUGCUCAACAAGGUGGCAAAAGAGAAGAUUGGUCUCACAAUACCAUGUGCUGUUUCAUCUGAUCUCGACCCUAUCCUGGUGCAAUUAGAGCAACCAGGAUCCCUUACACUGGCUAUGUGUGAAUUUCUCAAUGAGAUCCAGUUUUCCAGGAAAGAGGUUGUCACCCCGAGGGAACUGUUCACACAAGUUUGCAAAAAGGCAGGAAGAUUUAAAGGAUGUCAGCAGCAAGAUAGCCAUGAACUUCUGCGUUAUAUGCUGGAUGGAAUGAAAGCCGAGGAGAUUAAAAGAGUAAGUUCAGGAAUAUUUGCAGCUUUAAAAAAAGCGGGGGAUGUAGAAUCAUCAAAAACCCUGAUUACAGACUAUGAAAGGAACGGAUUUCCCAAGAACUCCAUUGACCAGGUGUUUGGAGGGGAGAUGACGAGCACAAUAAUGUGUCAACAGUGUAAAACGGUGUCAUUUGUCACAGAGAUGUUCCUGGAUCUUUCUCUUCCAGUCUCAGAUGAGGCUUACAAGAUUCACAGGAAAAAUACCCCGAAGAGCAGUGAGGGAAGCCAGGAGGGCAGAGACAGUUCUAUGCGGCUGGCCAAUGGGAUUGACAUGUCCACUGACGCUGGCAGCAAGUACCAGCAGAGGAAAGCCAAGAAGCAGGCUAAAAAACAAGCAAAGAAUCCGAGGAGGCAGCAGGAUUUCGAAGGGAAGCUCAAGCUAAACAGUCUAACUGAUCAGGAUACAGCAGUGAGUACACAGUCAAACAAUGCUGACAAUGAGAGUGUGGAAAUGGUAGAGAAUGGGACCCUAACAGAUGAGCCAAAAAGUAAAGACCAACCAGCAAAGACAGAUCUUCAGGGACAAGAUCUAGAGUACAAGCUAGAAGAGGAGGAAGACUCAGUGGUUGACGAUGAAACUUCCUCCACAUCUGUGGUCAGCAACCAUAACACUGCCUUGUCAGAGGACCAAAACACAGAGGAAAGUUUGUUAGAUGACCAACUGGCCCAAGUUAAAAAAGGUGGAGAAGAUGUUGUUCCAUCUAAAAGUUUUAAAGGGGAGGACCAGCUGGCCAAAUACCUGGAGAACAUGUCUCUCAACAAUUCUGAAGAUGGUGAGGUGGACAUGGAGAGUGCUAAGGCUAAACAGUACACAGUGGUAAACCAUGACCCAGAUCUGGCCUUCCAAACUCUAGCCUUAAGGAUGGCACCAAAAAAGCAAGAUUGUUCUGUCCAGUCCUGCCUCUUUCAGUUCACAGAAGUGGAACACUUGACUGAAAACAACAGUUUGCUCUGCAUUGCAUGCACCAGGACAACCAGACAACUAAGCAGCAAAAUCUCAGAAGGAUCCAAGAAUAAAGUUUACACAGAUGCCUUGAAGCAAAUACUGAUAUCCUCUCCACCACCAGUACUUACUCUGCACUUAAAGAGGUUUCAACAGGUUGGCUACAGUGUAUGUAAAGUGAACCGCCAUGUCGACUUCCCUCAGAUUCUGGAUUUAGCACCUUUUUGUUCCGUAAACUGCAAGGGUGUGACAGAGGGAGACACACAAGUGCUUUACAGUCUCUAUGGCAUUGUGGAGCACAGCGGAACAAUGAGAUCAGGCCAUUACACGGCUUAUGUUAAAACACAACUUAAUUGCUCUUUAGACCCACAUAAUGGAGUGGCUGACCAAGGGGAAGCUGGGACGUGUAGAGGAUCAUGGUUCCAUGUCAGUGACAGCAGUGUGAAGCCUGUGAUGGAGAGCAAAGUGCAAAGUUCCCAAGCCUACAUCCUUUUCUAUGAAAGAUUGUUAUAGUUCUUCCACAGAACUGUGGGAGAUAUACAAGCCAGCCAAAUACAGACUAAGGACCAAACCUCAGUAUGAGCGAUGCACUUACUGUAUUGUGUCAGACACGCUCCAGUUGACCACUGUUGGACAAUUUGGGGGAGUGAUACAUGCACAUCAAGCUGCAGUAGGAUAAUGACAAUGUGAGUUGUUGAGAAUUUUGUGGUUUUCAGCAGAAAAAAAUGAUGGACAAAAAACAAGGAACUUUAAUAAAUAUUUGAAUAUAAGUGUAUGUACAAUUUACAAGAUGUCAUUAUGAAAUUAAAGUUUCCAAAGGCAAUGUU